AUGGACACCGGCGCAGUGUGUGAGGUGUGCGUGGACAGCGUGGCGUCGGCCAGGGCCGCAGAAGAGGGCGGUGCCGCGCGGGUGGAGCUCUGCUCAGCGCUCUUCGAAGGUGGCCUCACUCCCUCCCUCGGACUCCUCCGACAGGUGAAGAAGGCGGUGAAGCUCGACGUGUUCGUGAUGGUGCGGCCGCGCGGUGGCGACUUCUGCUACACCGACGCCGAGCUCGACGUCAUGAAGGACGACAUCGAGAUCUUCAAGGCCGAGGGGGUGGCGGGCGUCGUGUUCGGGAUCCUCAAGCCCGACGGCAGCGUGGACGUCGAACGUACGGGCGAGCUCGUGCGGCUGGCCCGCCCGCUUCAGGUCACGUUCCAUCGGGCGUUCGACAUGGCGAAGGACCAUCUGCAAGCCGUGGAGGACAUCAUCUCUUUGGGGGUGGAGCGGAUCUUGACGUCGGGUGGCGAGUCGACGUGCCUGGAGGGCCUCGACGUGCUGGCCUCGCUCGUACAGAAGGCCGGCGACCGAGUCACCAUCGUGCCCGGCGGCGGCAUCACCGAACGCAACAUCCAACGCAUACUCAGAGGAUGCCAGGCGAAGGAGUUUCACGUGUCGGGCCGCACAACGCAGGACUCGCAGAUGGUGUACCGCAACGGGAGCUGCUUCAUGGGCGGGGUGCUGCGGCCGCCCGAGUUCGCCGUCUCCGUCGUCAACCCGGACCGCGUCCGCUCCUUCCUCGACCGCGCCUCUUGA